AUAAUUACUCCUGAAAACCACCUCUCUCUCUCGCUCUCUCUCUAGAUUUUUCAGACGAAGCCAGCCAGCCAUGGCCGUUUGUAUCUUCCCCUCCAUACCCCCCAAACCCCCCUUCUCUUCGUGAAUCUCUCUCCUCUCUCUCUCUCAGUUAAAACUUAGUCCACACCCUUCUCUCUCUCUCUCUCCAAAUUCGGCUUUCGAAAUCCCUCUAAACAAUCCCAAAAACAUGUUCUACAAAAAACCCUAAUUCCAUCCACAUGGAAUGGCGGUCGUGACCGGAGACCGUUACCUCGAAUCCCUCGUCAAAUUCGUCGAGAAACAGGCGGGGGCCUUGAUCGACGGAACCCUCGUCCUCAAGCUGAACCCCGUCGGGCUCCACUACGUCCAAUCGCGGUUCGAGGCGCUCGCUGAGCUCGAGGGACUGCUCGCGGGCGCCCCCGUUGAUUACCUCCGCGCCUACGUCUCCGACCUCGGCGACCACCGCGCGCUGGAGCAGCUGCGGCGGAUCCUGCGGCUCCUGACGUCGCUCAAGGUGGUGUCGGUGCUGCCGGCUCCGGCCAGGGACCCCACGCCGGUGUCGCUGUGGCCGUUCGGGCGGUUGAAGGUUUUGGAGCUCCGCGGGUGUGAUCUGUCGACUUCGGCUGCUAGGGGGCUUCUUGAAUUGAGGCAUACCUUGGAGAAGAUUAUAUGUCAUAAUUCAACUGAUGCACUGCGCCACAUAUUCGCAAGUAGAAUUGCUGAGAUAAAAGACUCCCCGCACUGGAACCGGUUGUCAUUUGUUUCAUGUGCUUGUAAUGGAUUGGUUCUCAUGGAUGAGUCUUUGCAACUUCUCCCAGUUGUUGAAACUCUUGAUUUGAGUAGAAACAAGUUUGCAAAGGUGGAUUAUCUCCGGAAGUGUACAAGACUAAAGCACCUGGAUCUUGGGUUCAAUCACCUGAGAACAAUUGUGUCACUUAGUGAGGUUUCCUGUCAAAUUGUUAAACUUGUUUUGAGGAACAAUGCUAUAAGUACGUUGCAUGGGAUUGAGAAUUUGAAGUCACUUGAAGGCCUUGAUCUUUCGUACAAUCUUAUUUCCAACUUUUCAGAGCUAGAAAUCCUUUCAGGCCUCCAAUCAUUGCAAAGCCUGUGGUUGGAAGGGAAUCCAUUAAGUUGUGCACGAUGGUAUAGGGCACACGUGUUCAGCUUUUUCCGUCACCCUGACAAAGUGGAAUUAGAUGAGAAGAGAAUUUGCACAAGAGAGUUUUGGAAGAGUCAAAUUAUUAUUGCAAGCAGGCAGAAACGACCUGCUAGCUUUGGAUUUUAUUCUCCAGCAAAAGAUGAUGCUGAAUUGGAGGGAACUAUCAACACGAAAAGGAAAAAGCAUUCUCGUCUUGCUUCUAUAGAAUGUGAAGAGCAGGCAAUGCAGAUAGGCUCAGACCAAGAUUCAGUGUCCUGUGAAAAUGAAACUCUGAGCAAAGAGAAUGACAUUUCAGAUGAGGAAACCGAAAUUGUUGGUUUGAUGAACAGGAUCGAGGACAUGAAAAAGGAGCGUUCUGCUCUUUGGUUGCUGGAGUUCAAGGACUGGUUGGAUCAGGAAUCUGAAAAUUUUAUGGACAAGGCUAAAUAUAAUGCAUCUCUAUCAAAUCCUGAACGCGAACAUAAUCCGAAACUAAGGACAAGACAAAGGCACCAUGGAGAGAGCUCGAGAUAUGUUUCCGACUCUUUUCAAGCUUCAGGAGAUGAGAGCAGCAUGAACAUCUUAGAGUCUGACAGCUCCUUUGCAGAUAAUUAUAGUGUUCUGCAUGCUCGUCAAUACUUUGACCGAAUUAAUGAAGCAGCAUCCAAAUUCUCAAUGGAGCAUACCAGCAGAAAUUCUGUGUCUGCUGUUGGAAAAAAGGAUCUAAAGCAGGAGCAACUGAAUACUUACCCUAAUGACAGUUGUUUUUCUAUUGGAGCUGGAAAUUAUUAUCUUGAUCCCUUGGCAAUCGGAGGAGCUGAAAAGAUUGAUGCAAAUAACAAAAUUACACCAAAAAAUGCUAUUGUUGAUAUUAUGGAGUCCCGUUCACCAUCUAUUUGCCCAGGAUCACCACCUCAUUAUCAACAAGACAUUCUGCAUCGUCGCAACUACUUAGAGGAGGAAUUUUUGCAGCUAUCCGCCAAGUCCUAUUCAGUUGCAUCAUCUGAUAGUGAUACCAGUCUUAGUGAAGAUGAUUUCACAAAAUUUGGGUCCUUCAUUCCCGAAGGUGAUCAGUCAAAGAUUGAAGAGUUCUCGGAUAGGAGUGGGCAUUUAUCUAGGCAUCAAUUCGAGGAAAGACAUAACAAGGGUCAUGAGGUUUCACCGUUAAUGCAAAAUGGUGUACAUUUGUCAGCUUCAUAUGCUGAACAAGCCUCUGGUAUUUUGGCCUCAGAGCACUCGCCGCAAUUGUUGCGGGAUAACAUUCCUACUAGCGAAUGUGAUGAUGCAAUUGUACAUUGUGGGAAGCACGAGGCUGAUUGGUUGGAGAGGAAAAAUUGCAGAAGGAAACCUAAAAGAAGAUUUAUUUUGCCAGUGGAGGAGAAGAAUAGCGUUGAUGGCAGUGGGCACCCGUCACUAAAGUUGUAUGGAGAUGUGGAUAAUGGUAUGGACAGGGUGGAAGAUGAGCGACGCAGAGAAAUCCAUGGUAGUGUUCUGCACUCAAUUGAUAAGAAGAAGACAAGCGAUAUAGGAAUUCCACCUUCCCGUAGCCGUAAUGGUGUUAGAAUCAUUUCUGGGUCAGACUCAGUAUCUUUGGUUGCUGAAGAUUUCAUUGGAAAUCUUUUCAAUUCUACUAUUGGAGAUUUAGGAGUUCAUGAAACUUGUAGGGAGUAUGUUCAAUGCAAUUGCAUAAUUGAGCAGAAGUCCGGAUUUGGGGAAGCAGAAGUAGUAGUAUUGCUGAGCAGCGAACUCAAGUUGUAUGUACUACUUAUCAAUGCUGCAAACGAUGGGUCAGGAAUUAGCUUAAAACUAAUGGGUUGUCACAAAAUUGAAGAUGUUAGAGAGGUGUUGGUCGGUUUAGGACUCCAGAUUUUGAGGAUAUGCAUGGGAAUGGGUGGAACAUAUUUGUUUCCUACCAGAAGUAUUCAUAUAUCAAGGCAAUUACUAUGUUUAUUGCAUUCUUCUGAUUCAGAUCUGGGGAAGCAAAACUUUUCUACAAAAAGUUUUGGAAAUUUAAAUGGCAGUUUGGAGCAGGCUCAGGUCGAGGGCUUCGAAAAACAUUUACAUGGAAGUUCAAAAAUGAGUUUGUUUCAAUAUUCAAUGGUUCUUUUUUCGCGCAAGAAUAUUGGAGAAGAUUUGUGGUUUCCAAGGUCACUGUUUGUUGUUGAAGCUUGUCUGGUUGUGUGCAUUGAAGACGUUAUGCAGUUUGGCUCUCUUUCUGAAGACAGAUCUCCACCAUAUUACUCACUUCAUUCUUCUUGUUCCAUUGCGGACGUCUCUGAGAUGGUCAUUGACACCCGUGAGAUUUGGUGUCUAACCCUUUCUCUGGAACAAGAAACAUCAGAGUUCUGUGCUUCACAGAAAGUGAAGGUAGAGGAGGAGGAUGCCACACUCUCUGGGAAAAGAUCAGCUUCAGCCUCCUCGACGUGGAAACUUAAGUGGUUCUCUGAAGAUAGUCUCUUCAACUUUGUGGCGAUACUGAAAGCAAUCCAUGCGGCAACCGCCAAUCCAUCUUCUCCGCUGCUUGUAAGAUGCAUAUCAUGAAAAGCAGUCGUUUUGUUUUUGUUUCUUUGGUUGUUGAUAUAUUCAUUUCAUUCUUUUUUAGAAGGGCUUCUUCGUUUAGUUCUUAUUCAGUCCUUUUCCUGCCUUAGUGUGAGUAAAUAGCUUUCUUUUAUCUCUGUAUGCUUAGUUUGCGCUUGGCUUGUUGAUCAUCUUUCUUUAAUGUACAAAGUGUACACAGCAUAAACCCUUCGAUUAUAAGGUUGCCAUUAGUAUAUCUGUUUGGCUGGAGAA